AUGCCAAGUAGUCCAACUAGAUAUGCCGCUUCCAUAUGGCCUGUCGUGACUGCAAUGCGCAUCUCAUACAACGCUUCCAUGUUACUCCGCAUGAAAAACACUUUGAACGCUUCUCUAAAUAUCGACUUAGGGUUCUCGCAAGCCCUGCAUUGUUACAAGAAAUGCUGGACCGCAGGAUUGGCAUGGUACCAGCUAGGAUGGUCUGGGUACUUUGCCAUUGAAAUGGUGUUCCACACUUGUGGAGUGUUUGCCAACGUAUGGAACAAUGGGCACACAGAUGCCAUACGGAAGAGAUCUUCCGUUGAUUGGGUUGCCACGUAUAACGUCUCUUUAAACCAAGCUAACUCCGAGUGUAGUGAAAUGUUUCGAAUUCAUUGA